AUUUUAAAAAUUACGAAUUAAAGUCAAAAAUUAAUUAAACAAAAAUAAACUAAAUUUAGUUUAAAAAGUUAUUAAUUUUCAACUUUAUUUUUUAACUAGUCGUCACCCAACCCUAGAUUGUAUUAACUAAAUAUUUAAUUGAAACUAUUUCAUCAAACCUCGAAGAAAAAAAAUUCUCUUAAAUCGAAAAUUAUAAAAAGUAUUAAAAAUAUCAGAAGAAAUAAAUUACACGGAGGAAAGUCUUUCUGAUGAAACGCUGGGGAAGAAGAUUAAAAGGAUCAAUGUUCUUUUCAGUUUCUCUGGUUAGAAUCGCAUUAAUGACUGCAAGAUUACUUGAAAUCUUGCGGGUGAAGGAGCUAACGAAGAGAAGGUCGUUUAAUGAGUGUCUCAUCGGCGGAUCAAUCUCGAUUCUUAAUCCGAAUACGAAUUAUCUCAUCUCGAUUUCGUCGUCUCUUUAUCCCUCUUCACUUUUUUUUUGGUGCUCGUGGCGGAUUAAGGGGGUGACGACAAAUACGGCUUCGUAAGUGUUCAUUUCUAUCCGAACGGAAUGUUCCUUCGCACGUGGUAAUGGCACGGUUAAUUUCGUUGCCUGGAAUACGAGUGUGCGCUGCACUCGUAACACGGUCGAUUAAGCGUAUUUUCGACGAUGGAGAUCGUCGAAUCGCCUUUUGUUCCGGUCCGUGUAAUACAAUUGAGAAGGACGAUAUUAUUACGUUACAGGGGAAAGCUCCGUUGCUCUUACUUACGAUAACCGUCACGUCAUGUAACGUAAAACAAGAAAAAAGAAUUUUAAAGAACAAAUUAUCGUUAAUUAUUACGGGGAUAAUUUUUCCCUGGCCUCGGACAAAAAAUAGAUUUGAUACGUUAUCGAAUACGCGAAUCGACGCGCGCGUAGAGCUUGAUUUAAAUAUCCUCUGUAUUAUAAACGUUUACGCGCCGCGGUGUAACAUCAAUCGAUGUACUAUAUGUUCAUAGUCAGUCAAAGAGCAUCGAGAGUUCCUUCCGUCUUAAUUUUGACCUUCGAGAGCGUCAUCGGCGUAAUAUAUACCGAUGACGUAUAUCGAGCUACAUUAAUAUUCAUAAUUCUGUCAUAGAUGAUUUCGGAUGAUGCGCGGGAUUUGUUGUAAUAACAGACCUCACUGGCUCGUUUCAAACCUCGCAAAUAAAAGUCGGGGGGGGGGAGGGGCACUCUGUUGCUUUUAUAUCGAAAAAUCCAAUAAAUAGUUUCGGUGAAACUAUUUAUACAUUGUAUCGGACAGUGUGUGCGACGCUACAUCAGACUGCGGAUAAUAUACUUUGAUGUUUCGUCGAUCAGCCUUUGGCUGAUCAUGCUCUGACCCAGGCGCUUGCAAGAUAAUACAAGUUAUGUGUUUAGCAUCGAGGUCAAGGGAUACCUCUCAAGUCCGGUCAGUCUUCUGACAGCUUGUAUCCGAGACUCACGUGCGUGUUUCUUCUCCAUUUAUCGUCUUUAAUUUUUCCUUCGCGCAACCGUUUCUCCGCGUUCUGUCGAAAUUUCUAAUUAAAUUCCACCGCAGAAUAAAAUGGGAGUACGCGUCAAUGUAUCAACGACAAUGAUGAAAACUAAGAAGAAAGUGUGCAAAAAGACGAAUGUGUGGGAAAUACAAAGUAAUCUUUUGUUAAAAAUCUUUUAAUGAAAUAUAAAUAAUGACAUAGUUUUCGUAAUCUUGUUUAGUGUUUAUGGAACAACAAUACUUUGCAAUUUAUUACGUGCCAGGAAUUUCAAGUACAAAAUGUAGAAAACGUAGCGAAAGUAAUUGUAACCUUUAUCGUUUAUAUUCACAAAGAGGGGAGAAAAUCGAUAUUUCCACCUGCAAGGAAGUUAAAGUUCGAAGGGAGAUAUUGUAUUCCAAAUAUGGCAGACAAAAAUGUAAGGGACGAGAGGGCUGAAGUGGGAAGGAUAAGCAAAGGGAGAAAAGCAAAUCAAAAGGGAGGCCAGAAAAGCAAACAGUGCCGUUUGAUUUUUACGACGGUUUAUGUGGCCACAAAAUUCAUACAGACGUACACUUCGCCUGCGGCCUGAUCUCAAGAUUCAUAAAGGACACGAAGAGAAUCACGCGGGUGGUCCAUGAUUCCUAUGAUUGUAAUUGCGCUCUUACGAUUUAUUCGUUAUCUAUUUUCAGCAAUUUUAACUGAAGCAACAAUCGCAAUCUUGCUUCUCUUACGAUAAAACAAAAAAGUUCCAAUCCGACGAGUAAAAUUAAAAUUUACAUCGUUAAAAAAUAAAAUUACACUUUUUUACACGGCAUUGCCCCUUUUUGCUCGGCUUAAUACCCCGAGGUAUUCAAGGAGGCGCGCAGGAAAGUACUGGUUUAAACGUCGCGCCCAUUGCAGUUCGUUGAAAGGACCUCCAGUAGGCUUAAGACCGCUUCGUGCAAAAAAUAAAGAACCGACGAGGAGGACGAAGGGACACGGAAGCGUCGCGAUCGAGGGGGAUUGCGACUGGCGCCGCUUAACAUGCCGCUGAUGCUCAAAAUGAUCGAUCUGUUCGGCUCGAUCCGAUCGCUCUUCAAGGUGCACAGGGUCGCCGAGGACUCGAUGAUAUUUCGGUUGCAUUAUCGCGCCACGGUGGCGGUGCUGCUGGCCGGCUGCCUCACCCUCGCCUGCAAAAGCAUCUCCGGCUCUCCGAUACACUGCGAAGCCACCACGGCCGUGGACAAGGCCGUGCUGGAGACCUUCUGCUGGCUUCACACCACGUACAGCAUGGUGCGCGCGUUCAACAUGAGCAUCGGCCAGGCGGUGCCCUACCCCGGGGUGUCAAACACCAAGGGCGAGGGGGGACACGGCCACGCACCCCACCCGUUGGUCAAGCAGCACAAAUACUACCAGUGGGUUAUCUUCUUCUUGCUACUGCAAGCGAUCCUCUUCUACACCCCGCGCUGGCUCUGGAAGGGCUGGGAGGGUGGCAAGAUUCAUGCCCUUAUGAUGGAUCUCGACAUCGGGCUCUGCUCCGAGGUGGAGAAGAAGCAAAAGAAGAAAAUGCUGCUGGACUACCUCUGGGAGAACCUUCGCUUUCACAACUGGUGGGCUUACAGGUACUACCUAUGCGAGGUCCUCGCGCUGGUGAAUGUGAUCGGUCAGAUGUUUCUGAUGGAUCGCUUCUUCGACGGCGCCUUCUUGACCUUUGGCAUCGACGUACUCAGGUUUCUCGAGUCCGAUCAAGAAGACCGUGUGGACCCAAUGAUUUACAUCUUUCCACGUAUGACCAAAUGCACCUUCUACAAGUACGGCGUCAGCGGAGAGGUCGAGAGACAUGACGCCGUCUGUAUACUGCCUUUGAACGUCGUGAACGAGAAGAUCUAUGUCUUUCUAUGGUUCUGGUUCCUUUUCCUCGGCGUGCUCAGUUUCUUUACGGUUUUAUAUAGGAUCCUAAUAAUAUUUUCGCCACGCACGAGGGUCUACCUGUUGCGAAUGAGGUUUCGUUUGGUACGGAGGGACGCCGUGGAGACUAUAGUGCGGCGGAGCAAGGUCGGCGAUUGGUUUCUACUCUACAUGCUGGGCGAGAAUUUGGACACCGUGAUAUACAGAGACGUGAUGCACGAAUUGGCGAACAAGCUCGCCACGAGGCAUCAUCACGGCGUACCGGGAGUGAAGGGCGAGCUUCAAGAAGCCUGAUCGAGGUUGCCUCGGAGGGUCGGCACGUACGGUUCGCCGCCGCCGUCGCCGUCGCGGUCCUGCUCAUCCCGCUCGUCCGCAUCACGCGGUCGUCGCGGACGCGCCCGGGGACGACGACGCGGGACGACGACGUGCGAUCACGGCCGGAGCCCGAGAGGACGGCGGGCCGACGACGGGCCUUCCUUGAGGAUCCUCCGUGGAUCCGGCCUCGCCAAGCGACGCGUUUUUCCCUUUCGCCGACUGCUGCUCGCCGAACUCGAAGCGAUGCGACAGCGAUAGCUAGGAUGCCGAGGAUGCGCGCACGCGGAGAUAACAAUUUGCGGUGAGAAAGGGAAAGAGAGAUAGAAAGAGAGACACGCGCUUUCGCCAGUCACCCUCAAUAAUCGGAAAACUGACUGUUGGUUUCGACGACGUAAGCGCGGCGGCAAAAGGUGCAUUUGGCCGCGUCGCACUUCUUGCAGCGCGGGGAACUGAACUCGUCGAAAUUAUACACAUACCGGUUCCAGUCCACGGACGGAUUCAGCCGUGGCGACGGCCUGCGAACGAAAAAACAGACAGACAGAGGGAGAGAGAGAGAGAGAAAGAGAGACAGAGUGAAAUAGCGCGUGUGCGAGCGAUGGAAAGGACCAAAACUGUAUUUGCUGGCGUCGCCACGCUCGGAGAUGCAGGAGAUGCAUGCGUCGUCCCCAGGAUAGCGACACUCGUUAAAAGACACUUCGGGAACGGCGGCGCGGGUCGUCGAACGGAUAUCGCACCGGCCGAUCGUCGAGGAGUAACGCCAGCCGGAGAAAUCCUCGUAGUGCCUUCUUAUAUUGCUCCCGCGUCGCUAAAAGACAGGAUCGCGAAAGAAUGCCAGACAUCGAAUGUAUCGCCGCACAGGAUAUCUUGUUGUUGCCACCUUUGGAUCCGCCACACUGAAGAAUGCGUUUAGAACCAGCAACUGGGGGAUCGAGAAGUUCCACGAGGAAAGUAAAAAUUAUGAGCUUUUUACGACUCACAUUGUUGUAUGACAAUUGGUUCUAGAUUUUUCCUCGUUGUUAUGUUAAAGAAUGUCUUUAGACAUUUAGCAACUAAGGAACCGAGAAGCAAUGAGUUCCUCGGGAAAAAUAGAACUGUAAGCUCUUUAUGAAUCACAUUGUUGUAUGACAAUUGGCUCUACGUUUUUCCUCAUUGUCACAUUGAAGAAUGCCUUUAGAAUCAGCAACCGAAGAAUGGAGAAAUAAUGAGUUUAUGAGUACUCUUAAAUCUUAAUUCUUGAAUCAUAUACACACACACACACACACAGAACUGGUUCUAUCAUUUUUCCAUAUUGCCAUGCGAAAGGAUAAAUCUCAGGAGGAUUAAAGUAAGUCUCGUAUGUCGAUAUAUUCAGAUGUUUGUAAGUUAGAUCUCUAGGCUACAGUAGAGAGCGUCCAGGAUGUUGUAAAUGGACGCUGCGUAUAAUUGUUUCGAACUGUUUUAACAUUUUGAUCGUGCCGUGUUUCGUAAGUAUAAGUACUAGGUAAGAGAAAUACGAAGGAAAAGAAGAAAAGGAAUUAAUCGUUUAAGGGUUAUUGUAUAGCUGUAUUUCGAGCAACGUUACGACGAUCUCUUUCGAUAAAAAGUUUAGAUUUGUGUCUUUGAGGAAAGAUUCUUCUACUCGAGCCAUUAAUACGAGAACGUAAUAUGUAGUCUAGUCACUAUACUCUACGUAAUUAUCGAGCGCAAGUUCAUCUAUUGAUACGGACACACUGCCACCGAUCGAUACGAUCGAUUUUGCUGUAUUUGUCUUCGUUCUAUUUAAAUGAAGAUAGCGUCCAAAAUAAAGGUACGUUACCUUGAAACUUUAAGAGUUGUUAAUUUUGUGAUAUUGAUUAACGAUUCCGAAGUGCUAUAAUGUUAUUGUAAGUUUAUCAUGUUAUUUUAUUUCUUUUGACGUUUCUGCAGUUUAUAAAACUUUUGUCGAUGAUAAUGCCAAACUCUAAAUGAAUAUUUUAAUAGUGCGUCACAUUCACGAGCAGCUUGAAAGAGUUAAUUAUUCUCAUUUAAUCAAUAAACGAAGAUUUUUUCUGGAAGUGAAGAAACAAA